GAUCCUUCCGUCAAGGAUGGACAAGGGUUUAAUGCACUUCAUUUAGCUGUGCAUUCGUCUCAUGCGAUGCUUGUAUUAUACCUAUUGUAUUUGGAUAUCGAGAUUGAUGUGUGUGACCAUGUAGGAGGACAUACGCCCUUAAUGUGGGCAGCGUACCAAGGACAUUCCCAAUCUGUGGAUCUGUUAUUAAAGUUUGGAGCGAGUGUACGUGCUACGGAUCAUUCACAAUUGACGCCAUUGCAUUGGGCAGUGGUUCGGGGAAACAAGAUGUGUAUCCGCAAGAUGCUAGAAUAUGAUGCCGAUGUGAACGCGGUGGACAGCAGUGGUAAAUCCGUGAUGGAUUUUGUACGAGAAAAGAAGUUUGAGAGGACAUGGGAUCGUGCCGUAUUGGAAUUUGAUGUGUUGGCAGAGGGAAAUGCGUUACAGGAAGCACGGUUUGCACUCAAGUGUUUAGCCAUGUUUCCGUGGUAUAUGGGCUUACCCUUGGCAAUAGGCGCUUUUGCAUUGACGCAUAUUGCCAUUAUCAAGUAUUUGAUUCAGGUACCGAGUCAUGACGCAGUUUGGAAGACACCGUAUUUCUCGAGUAUCUUUCAAUCAUCUGCCUUUUGGGUGCUUGCUACCUGGAUGUUUGUUCUGUUGCGAUCUACCUCACAGUUAUUGUUUACGCAUUUUAUAUUCAUUGCGACCUAUUUCACGGCCAUGUUUUCAUUCUUUAAAGCGGUUGCAGCCGACCCUGGAUUUAUCAAGAAGGAUCUUUCGCGAGAUAAGCAACACAUGUGUGUCGAGGAAUUAGCGGAUGCUAAUAUGUUGGAUGUCCGUCAUUUUUGUUUAACCUGUCUGAUUAAAAAACCUCUCAGAUCCAAGCAUUGUAAAGUAUGUAACCGAUGCGUAGCUAAAUUCGACCACCACUGUCCUUGGAUUUUUAAUUGUAUUGGUGUGAAUAAUCAUCGUCCGUUUUUAAUGUUUCUUGUGAAUAUGGUGAUUGCUAUUUGUGCAUUUAUUGUUUUAUCCGUCAGUUAUUUAUCAAUGGAAGCACCUAUUUAUGACCAUGGACCGGAUAGUACGUGCUUAUUAGGAGCCACAAUCUGCGGAUACUUUGAUUAUGACACGUGGACAUUAGCACUGACGGUAUGGGUGGUAUUCCAACUGACAUGGUCCAUGUUUUUGUUAGCAGUUCAGUUGUAUCAGGUGGCGAUUGGCAUGACGACGAACGAGAGUGCGAAUGCCAACCGAUAUGCUUAUAUGAAUGCUGUCAGUCAUCCCAUGGUGGUGGGUGGAGGUACAGAGGGAACGGAUGGGCCUUCAGCUAUGAUGGAAGGGAAUCAUCACGGGCACGGCCAUUCAACUGGAUUCUGUCCUUGUCUUCAGUUGGUAGCAGGAGCACGAGCAGUGCAUAAAGCUCGUAACCGACAAAGGACGACGAAGGGAAACGUAUUUGAUCAUGGAUGUUGGAAUAAUUGUUUGGAUUUUUGGACGGAGAGUACACAUGGCAAGAGCUCAGUGAAUUAUUACGAGUUGUAUGAUGUGCAUCAAUUGAAUAACCGUAUUUUCACAUUACAACCUACCAUGGAAGUCUAA